UUCGUGAAUCGUGUUAACUGUUUCUAAGGUGAGGUGAAAAGAUAACGUGGUUUCCGUCGUUUUUUACAACAGUAAAUGCGGCAAAAAGAACCGCUUACAAACACGCUAUGGCUGAUCAACCUGACGAACCUAUGAAUCUGACACUACCUUCAAGAAGAAAUGUACUCACGGAAUCGCAAGAUUCUGCUGCAUCUACAUAUGCAACGCCAUUUGCUGAGCUACCAACAAUAGCUGCUCCAAAAUCGAAAGCACAGAAACAACGUGAAUACAGAGAGCGUAUAGCAGCAUCCAGAACUUCUAAACAGGCGAUAACUGCGAGGAAAUCGGAUGCCGAAAGACAGCGCAACUACAGACUACGCAAAGCGGCUAACUCGGCUCUUGUCACUAAUUCAUUAAAAUCGACUGCUGCCUCCUCUUCCCGUUCAGGGUCCAAAUCGAAUGACUUUCAAACUGAUACCCAGCGAAAGCUCAGACACCAGAAGUUCCUUAGACGUUGAUGGUGUGGCGGAACUUAGUGAAGAGCCAAGCAAUGGUAAAAAGUUUUGCUUGCUCCCAGACUACGAGAAAGACAUUUUUGAAACAGAUAAAUCAGAGGCAGUGAAGGACAUAGCUGAAACAUGGAAUCAGGCUGAGGCUGCAUCAGAAUUGCUACAAGAGAGAAAACCUAAAAGGAAGACUGAAGCAGAAGUAGAGAAAGAAAAUGAUAAUACAGAGGAGGCAGUAGAUGCAGAAUUUGAAGCGAAAUAUGAACAAAAUGAUGCCCACCAAGAAAAAGGAGAUAAGUAA